CUCCGUCGCGUCGAUUUGCGCGACACGACUCUCAACGGCUUCUUCUGGUCCCCUACUCUCAUUUGUAUUGCGCUUGCACUGGUCCCCACGUACCAUGGCCACACGAUCCGUAAGCCCGUCGCGCUCGACGGACUACCCACGAGAUACGAAGACGGUGGAGGACUCGGAGGCCGAUAUGCGGCGUCAGCUGUCUACGGUGAAGAGCGCUGAGAGCCCGAUUGCGAGUCAAGCGACGCUCUCCGUCCUAUGCUACUGCGUCGCGUCCAUCCUCAUGACGCUCGUCAAUAAAUACGUCGUCUCCGGCACCCACUUCUCUAUGACCUUCCUGUUGCUUUGCAUCCAGAGCAGCGUGUGCUCGGCCGUCGUGUACGGCUGCAAGGCCGCGGGCCUCAUCUCCUUCCGCGACUUCGACAUGAAGGACGCGAAGGCCUGGUUCCCUAUCAGCUUCCUCCUCGUCUGGGUGAUAUACACGGGAAGCAAGAGCUUGCAAUUCCUCUCCAUCCCCAUUUACACCAUAUUCAAGAACCUCACGAUUAUCCUGAUCGCAUACGGGGAGAAGAUAUGGUUCGGGGGACGCAUCACCACCCUCACAUUCAUCAGCUUCAUCUUCAUGGUAUUCUCCUCAUUGAUAGCCGCCUCAUCCGACCUAUCCUUCUCUAUACCCACCACACUAAGCACCGGCACCCCCCUCAACCUCGACGGCAUGGGCUCGGCCGUGCGCAACCUGAACGUUGGCUACUUCUGGAUGCUCAUUAACUGCCUAGCGAGCGCGGCGUAUGUCCUGUUCAUGCGCAAACGCAUCAAGGCGACCGGGUUCAGCGACUGGGAUAGCAUGUUCUACAACAACAUGCUUUCGAUUCCUGUGCUUGCCCUCUUUUCCUUCAUCAUUGAGGAUUGGGGCUCGGAGAAUCUGACGCGUAACUUUCCUCCAGAAACAAGGGGAACGCUGCUCUUCGCUAUCGCCUUCUCCGGCGCAGCGGCUGUAGGAAUCUCGUAUACCACAGCAUGGUGCGUGCGUGUUACCAGUAGCACGACAUAUAGCAUGACUGGCGCCCUCAACAAGCUGCCCGUCGCUCUCUCUGGCAUGCUCUUCUUUGGCGACCCCGUCACCUUCGGCUCCGUCUCCGCAAUCGCGAUGGGCUUCUUUGCAGGCGUGCUCUAUGCGAUUGCUAAGAACAACCAGAAGAAGGAGGAAGCGAGACAGGCACCACCGGCGCUGCCGUUGGCAAGGAGGGAGAGCCCAUAGGAUAUGUAGUAGCGGAGUGAGGACCAGUGCUGAACGGUACUACAGCCGAGAGCAAGGGAUAGGGACGCCCAGUGAGAUCUUGAGAGGGGACACGCAUAUGCUAUACACUAUACCAUAGAGUAAUACCGGUGUUUAUGCAUACAUGGCCGUGGAUAGUGCUCUUGUAUACCCCUCACACUUUUCACCAAUUGCUUUCGUGCCACCCGAGUUUAUGGCCACCGGACCCCGGGCCGGAC